AUGGCGGACGCAAGUUGCGAUAGGGACGAUUUUGCUCAGCAAGAAAGAUCUUUGAGCAGCAACCAGGCUGUCUUUCCAGAUGAAGAAAUUAAGCAAGAAGUUAAGCAAGAAGUAUCAACUCCUAUUCCCGGCUUUCCACCGUUGUUUCAGUUCGCGAAGGUGCAAACAGAAGCCUCUUCAUGGACUUCCACUUCGUCGACAACAACAACUGCUACAGGUUGUGGAAGCUAUGCAACAUUAGACACAGAGACUAACGAGCAGCCAACAAGUUCAGAAACAGUUACUGCUGUUGAAUCAAGCUCUAUGGAUGGAUUGGGGUUGUCAAGCAUUAGUGAAGCUUCUGAUGUUGCUGCGAAAAUGCAAGAAGAAUCGUCUUUGGGCGACGACAAAGUUAACGAGGAGGGUGACAAAGAUGAUGGUAAAUAUGGUGAAGAGGUGGCAAACGACGAACCGGAUGAGGAAGAGAUUGAAUCUGAUCCUUAUUUUUACAUUAAACGGGAUGAAUUUACUUCAGAGAUCUACAAAAUUGAACUGCAAAAUUUACCAAGGAAGUGUGGCUACAAGGUAAGUCACUGCAUCUGUACUCGUAGAAUGCGUGAAAAGAGGAAAAGGAUCAAAAUAAUCUUUAUAAAGGGCCACAAAUAACUAUUCGAAUAAGAUACCAAGAUGGAUGAUAUUGAAGUCAACCCUUAAUAAGAGCAUCAAAAGGAUUUCAUUGGUAAAAAGGCGCAUUGAGAUUUUUGAAUCCACCAUACAUGUACAGUGUAUGUGUAAGUGUGUUAUUUAACAAUUAAUGAAUGAGGCUGAGUAUCUUAUGAAGAAUAUUAUGGAGAUCGAGAAGGGUGCUCCGAGAUCUCCAUAAUUCUUCAUAUGAUACGAAAGCCGAAUUCAAUAACUGUUUUAUUAUUCAUUCAAAAUUAUUCCUAGUUUAAAAGCAAAGCUAAAACAUGCUUACCUCCAUCGAUGUAAAGUUCACCUUCGAUAGUGCAUGUUUAGGGUUGUUCAGCUCCACAAAUAUUCUCCAAAUAGCAGAUGUCACCCUACAAGUUGUGUUCUUGCCAUGUUUUUAGCUAUAAUUUCGCCUAGUUCUUUUUUGUGAAACAAGUGAAAUGUCCACCAUUUUUUGUUUUCACAACCAAAACAAUUAUUCAACCUCGUCCCCAGGUCUUCUCGGUUAACAGUGCAUUAACCUACAAGAAUGCUGCAUUUUUAACGUCAUUUCCUCGUUAAACACAAAGUUCUUCCAAAUUUGGUCAUCAGUAACUGGUUAUGGUGAAUUAUGUGUGUGCCUUUAGCCAGUCAGAAUUGGGGAAAUAUUUUGAAUGAAUAAUGAUAUUUUUUAUUUGUCUCCCCUGGAAUAAAAUUAAUACUGUAGCUGUUAUCUCAGAUGGGGUUUUUAAUGAUUUACAACACAAAUUGCAGCAGGAUCUAGCCAUAAACCAUGUUUUCCACUCCGCUGGAAAACAAUAAGACAUGGCUGCUACUAUGUAUGUUGCGAUACAUGUAAGUCACUGAAAAACAUGACCUUUAUGUGUUGUACAAAGCACACGCAAAACACAGUGUACAGUUGAAACUGGUCUACAGGUCUAGCAUAGAAUGACCAAAUUUGGUGACUUGUCUUACACGUACCCAUUCAGAACCUACGUUUUGCAUUUGUACAUACUUAUAUGUAAGGAAUUUGUAUAAGCCCAGAUGAUCAAUCAACAUUUUUCUUGUUCUUACUUAGCAAUUCAAGAAAAUGAUUGCUAACCGGCUCAACGUGAGACCAGUGAAGGUGAAAUUGCCUCCAGGAGCAACCCAUGCUUAUGUGACUUUCAGGUACAGUGUACCUUUGAUAUUAAUGUACCAUAUAUGUUGUAGUAGAAACAAUACUUUGUGUGCACAGGGCAUGAAAUUAGCUUUUAUUUUGCAAGAGUCAAGUAGUUCCUAAAUACAUGUGUAUUUCAAAGUUAUAACCAAAUUCAACAAGUUGCAAUUAUUGUUACCCUUGUAGAGGCAACACUUUCUCAGGUUAAAUCAGUAUUUUAACCCUAGGCCACCAUAUUGAGAACCCAUGCAAAAAGUUAACCCUGCACUGUCCAGGUGUAAUGGUUUGAAUACAUGUACUUGUUUUACCUGGGAAUGGAUUUUAUCUAAGACCACUAUAGCCACUAGGUUUUUAAAUUGAUAAUAAAAUAGAUGGUUUUACAUGGGGCUUGUUUGAUUGAUCAUAGAAAUCACUUGCUCUGGCAUUCAUUGCAUAGCAAUAUCUAUAAUUCUGCUCAAAAUAAAAUUAAUAUUCUGAUCAUGUUGAAUGCAGCAUUCUAGUGGGCCAUAAAAUCACAAUAUAAGAUCGAGUGCACCCUUAGGCUAGUCCCAGCUGUAGCAUUAAGAGUUAUUUUUGUCCAAAUGAUGCUAGUUUAUAAGCUAGCAUCUCAAACAUGUCAACCAUGAGGGACAAUAUCACAAUGAUUAAUGUUAAGUGCUACAUGCAAUUGACCAUCUCCCUUAUGGACCACCUUUCAAUGUUGGCACUUUUCUAUUACAGACUGUUCUCAUGAUCCAAAAGAUACCAAAAAAUGUCAUAAAGCUUCUAGUACAGCUGUAGCUUGCAUGUCAGGCAUUUGUGAAAAUGAAAACAAGCAUUAUAUGGCUACAAUUUUCUGAACUAAAAUUUGUUAUCCUUUACUCCAUUCAGGAAUGAAGAAGAAAGACGGGUGAGAUGCUCUUUGUAUUCCUCUGCAGUGUACUUUCUGUACCGGUAUUCUACUCACAUCACUGUGUAGUAAAUUGAUUUAAUGGAAGACAACUUGAAUGUGAGUUCUUUCUUUCAGUUGGCUAUCAGAUCAUUAUCAGGACACAAGUGGAAAGGAAAAGUGCUUUCUGCCAAGGUACAUGUAUAGUAUAUUAUCAAGAUGUGAUAUGGUAGCUUAUUAAGUUAUCAAGAAGUGGUCAUUAUACGGGGCAAACUGAACUGAAAAUUAAUUAAUUCACUCAGUUUUCUAACCCUAACCACUCAACUUCAGAGUCGUUUGGUGGCCAUUUGGUUUUCUGCAAAAUUCUCUUUAGUGCAAAAAAAUUCCUUUAAUUAGCCACCACUGAAAUUAUUAUUGUUUGAGGUUUAGCAGUGAAGCAAUGCAUCGGCAACCAGCCAAAAUCACCAUCAAGUCUAAGCAGAAGUUUACAUGUGGUUUGAAAUAAACCCAAAAAUGUGGGUGAGGAAAGGUGCCUUUUUCAUGGCUGAAAUUCUUUCCCUGGUUUUUCAAAAUGAACUGAAAUGCCUUUUUCAGGAACCCCCCAAAACUUAAGAUUUUGUAGUGGCAGCAGGGGCUUCAUUAAAAAUUGAAGUAGCCUUUUGGUUUGAAUUGAGUAACCAAGCGUAAUUUUUCAAAUCCCUCAAAUGAGAUUUUCAGUGUUUUGCGGACUAAACUGAGGACAAGAUAGGGUGUUUUUCAUUCACGAAAAUGUAACUUUCAUUCAACUUUCGAUUUAUCAGUCACACAACCAAUUCCUACCAGCAAUGAACAAAAUGAUGAAAACUAAAAGUCUCUGCAUACUUUUGCCUGUAAGCAAAUUCUGUGUAAACCUACAGUAUAAAAAAACUUGUGAAACAUUUACUACAAUCUAGCGUUCGCAUGACUAAAGCAUCCCUUAAAAUCAGUGGUCCUUUAUGAAAAUACAUCAUAAUUAUGUUUUUUUUUUCAGAUGUUGUGACUUUUUUUUUGUUUACAAUGUUAUUCAAACUAUUUGCUUCUUCUUUCUAAAACAAGUAGCUGAAAUCUAUGAGCAAAUUAGCCGAUGCGUUUCGUUGGCUCUCAAUGCUUAUUGAAACCCCUGUGGGAGGCUUGCAGACUACCUCCUAUGACAGAGGUGCAGGCCCCCCUCUUAAUCCUACCCAGCUAUGCUGACAUGUCUUUUGAUGUACGCGGCAAUUACGUGCUAUCUAGCCUCCUUAAAUUUUUUUUUGGAGAACCCUAUCUGUAUCAAGUUACAGCAAUUAUUUAUGUGAAUUGCACUGGUAUAAAAUAUAUUAUUUGUUGUCAAACAAUAUUCCUUGCAAGGUUUUCAGACCAGACCUUUUUAAUUCAUCUGUUCCUUUUUUUUUUCUAGACUGCUCAGCCGCUACCUGAUCCACUAGCUGUUCAAAGAGCUGAAGGAAUGGCAAGAAAAAGGAUGAUUCAAGGUUAACACAAGAGUUAAGCUUAUGUGCUGUAAUAAUAUAUCAGCAUGCAUAAAAUAAUAUUGUUCUCUCUUUGUUAAAGAUGUCAAUUCAUUGUUGAUCACUUCUGUGGCUUUUAAUUCUCGUUAGCCUUUUCCAUAACAUUGAUGGUCCUCAAGUUUCUAAAAAUUCUGAUGUAGAGACUAAAAAAGUAAUAUUAUAGCGAUCCAUCUCUUUAGUGUUGCAACAGCUAAAUUCUGGAACAUAUAAUUACUGGACUGGAUCUUCAGAACAGCAUUUCUGAUCAACAGAAGUUUUUUUACAAAAUAAAUCAUCUUAAUCUUCUUUUUCAAGGUCCCUCCUCUUCCCUUUUGGUAGAACAAGUGAGGGGGAGAUACCCUGGUCUGUUCACGUGUGUCUGAUAGUUAAUCUAAAACACUACAAAUUAAAGGCUUUAUGAAGGGAAGGAACUUUACAUGUAGUUUCAGGAGAGUGUAAAGUGUCAAAGGCCUCAAUGAAAAAACUGUUUUUCACAUUUUUCAGGUGAUUGUUUUGUUGGUAAUCGAUCCCCUAGACUCCAAAAAUAUCUUGACUACCAAAAUGACUACCCUCCAUUGUCAUGGUCAAAAGGAAAGAUGCCAGAAACUUUGUGGAGAUCAAUGGUCUUAGUUGAUAGAAUCAUAGUUGCAUGUAUAUGUUGAAUGGAAAGGCUGAUCAGUAUAAAGGACUGUAGGGUAAAUUUGCACGAUUGGAAAAAACAUUAUCAUUCAAGCUCUGCUUUGUUACACUAACAGAUGCUGCUCGUUCAAACAUUGAUGCCAAGAGGAUUAAAGUAGAUGAUAAUGAUGAGGGUGAAGAACUUGCUAUUUCUGUCAGGUAAAAUUUACUUCUUCUGAUGGAUUCUGUUGCUGAAACUGCCAUUAAAAUUUGUCAGCAUGCUGUCAAUGCCAAUUUUAUACCUGCUUCAAAUUUGUGGAAAACCUUCAAAGUACUUUGUAAUUAAAUAUGAGCUAAAAGAAAGCAGUGCAGUAAUGCAUGGUUCAAUUUCACCUGUUACUCCCUCAGCAUACCCCUGGGGAUUUGCAAUUUUUUCCUUUCUUGGUGGCAUAUUCCCCACCCCUGGGCAGGCAAAAAGAGACAAUUCCCCAUCCCUGAGCUUCUCCUGAGCUUCCUACUGAAAAGGUGAUGUCUGUGUAAAUGUCAGUUUGGAAAGUCCAAACUCAAUUUUGAAUUCUUUCUGUUCCCAGGUUGAACCAUGUUGUCACUCCAUUGUGGAACCAGCCUUACAGUCAACAGAUGGAAGUAUGUAAACUCCAAUAAGUUGGGUGUAUUUUACACUGUGCUGGUGUUUUAAAACCUGUACAUAUCAAAUGAUACAUACAUACAUGUAUUACAAUAAAUAAACAUUGCAUACGUCUAUUACAGUAAAUAUGAAAUAUUACAUACAUGUAAUUUAUUAAUGUUUAUUGUGCCUUAAUUAAUAUUAAUUUUUACUUUCAAAAGUUAGUUCGUGAUAAUCUGAGUAAAACUGUGAAAGGUUGAAAAUCUGAUUAAAGCUGAUUAUCAUCAACAAGUGCAAAACGUUUCCAUGCGCAUGUGCAUGGCCUGUGCAGAAAUAUUAACUAACUCUGCAGUGUUAUUUUUUCAUACACAUGUACAUGAAUAGCAUCUGAAUUCUGUUUCAAAAUUAAACAUCCAUUAAUAGGAUGUCCUGUAGAAGACAGUCAUGUCAAUCUGUCUAUUAGGUGUCCAUUUCGUACCAGGAAUCAACCCCAGGUGUCAGUUUUAGGGGUAUGUCACUCUUGAAGACGUCUCUUGUUAAGGGAUAGUUGACUUCAACACCACGUCUAUUAUUAGUUCUGAUGAAAGUUCUAACAUACAUGUAAGAAAGGUUUUUGGCUGACAAAAAUGAACUUGCACUGUUUUUGCCUUUUACAAAUGUAGAUGAAGAAGAAAAAUAUGGUGGAAAUUUUAAAAAAGCUCACCAAGAAGCUAAAAGCCAUAAUGGUGCUGAAGGUGAUUAGAUAUGAUAACAUUAUUUCAAUUAAGUAUUUUGAAUUAAAAAUCAUUGUAGUUAUCAGCUUUGUUUGAUCACAAAAGGAUGCAAUUUAUAUUAUGGUUUUUAUACAAGGUAUGUUUUAAUAAAUUGAAGACAUCUACACUGACAUACAUGCACAUGUAUGUCUGACCAAGUCUUGCUUACGUACAGUCGAACCUCCACUCACGACCACCUCUCUACAAAGGCUACUUUUUCUGUGGACAGGCUAAUAUACACUGAACGUUGACUCUUGUUUAAGCCUCUCUACAAUGGUCACUUUCUUCUGUCCCCAAGGUGGCUGUUGUGGGGAGGAAAAACUGUACUAUUAAGUAGAUCUAUGUUGCACUUCAAAGUGAAAUUCAGGUUAAUUAACCAGUUUCAAACUAGUUUGAUUCUCAAUUUCCUUUGUCACCUAGCCUCAAUUCUUUGUGAUCAAAAAUAAUUAGGGCUAGUAACCUAAGGAAACUAAAACUCCAACUGGUUGAAACCUUUUAAACCUGAACUUCGUUUUAAUGUACAUGUACAACAUCUACUCCUUCAAGGGUAUAGUCUUUCUUAUUAGGUCUGUCCAGUCGCCAUGUCUGACUACAUGUAGGAUUUCAUCAAACCGACUGGUAGUUUAAUCAGACUUUGUCAGAGUGAGAAACAUAACAGACUAUUUUUGAAAUGAAUACAAUAUGAUGAGGAGUGUCUUUCAAGUUGAAAGCAAACAUUAUAAUCUAAAAAUGCAUAAUAUUAUUAAUUUAUUUAAGACUUCAUCUGUUCAUGCUUGCUUCAAUCCUAAGGUUUUGGCUAUUGGGGAUAGAACAAGUGUCCACUUCAUAUUGGGUGUUUUCUUUGAAAUUAUCAUUCAUGCAGUGGUUGACUUUGCUUAUUCUUUGAAGUUGUACUUAUCAUGCCUUUUUCAUUCCUUAGAAUAACUGGGUUGAAGAAGAAAGGUAAGUGGGAAUCAAAGAACCACUACAUUGGAAGCAGAUCUUAAUUUGAGUAAUUUUAAGAUGCAUUCUUCAUUAUAAUUUUUUUGCAGCUGAAAAUACUGUAAAUGUGAUUACAUGUAUUUUUUUGUUUUUAAUUCUCUUUGUAGUGCCAAGAGAGAUGGGCUUUGUUGUGAACUGCUUGAUUGUGUUGAAUCAGUGAGUAUUUAUGUAAAUGAUGUUGUGUCUGUUUUGAUAAUUAUAGCUGUAGAAAGGCAAAGGAUUGCCAAAACUGCAAGGAGGCCCUGCCAGGGUAAAUUCCCACAAGCGACAUGGCCCAAAAAGUAGCAACUGCGCGUAAAAUGAAAUUGCGNCCCCCCCCCCCCCCCCCCCCCGGCAGGGCCUCUCAAGCAGUAAUUUUCAUUUCUGUUUUUUUGUCAUGAACACACAAAAAAACUGCUUACAUCAUGGAAAAUAAAAGCAAGACGGUAAUUUCCUUAAUCUUCCAUUCUUUUAAUUCAAGAGUAAAAUUUAUUACAGGUGGAACCAAAUUUCUUAGAAAAGAAUCUGCUUGUCAGCCAAAAAUAAUUGAUAAUAAGAGUAUUUUGAGUAGUUUGGUCUAUCAAGCAAAAGUAAUUUUUACUUGCAAACCCCUUGGAGCUGAGCUAGGAACUGAAGCUGAAUAAUCCUCAUUGUAUUUACCAGUGUCCUUGGACAAUAAUACUGUCAUCAUUUUGUAAGUAACCAACCUAUGGGGAAUACACUUGUGAACAGUGUUAUUAUUUGAUGAGACUGAUGAGGAUCUAAAGAAUUAUGCAUGUCAUACUGCUGAUGCAACCUCAUACCCAGGGCUUUUCGGUUGUGGUCCCUUUUUCUGGCUACUUUACAGAUGUACAGCCUGUACCAUAGAUGUCAUUCUCACCAGUUGUAAAAUUACAAUGCAGGGUGUUCAUUAGGCAUUGGAGAUCAGAGAAUUCUCCAUUUACUACACAGAAUUCUCUGGUUAAUGUUUGAUAGGCUAUGACUAUUAUAUUUUUUUUCGUAGAUGUGGAGCCUCUCUUUCAAAAUGUUUUCCUGUAACAUUACACCUUUCUCCUGCUACUAGAAUUCUUAAUGAAAACCCUGCAAAUGUCUUCCUUAUUUAGUCAAUGUUAGCUGAUUAUACUGAAUUAGCCAGGGAAAUUGAGCCAGUCAGAAACAGAGAAAUAUUUUGAAUGAAUUCAAUAAUAAUUAACUCUGUCAACCACAAAGUAAUCGACAUGGGGUUCCUGCAUUCUCCUACAGACAUUUCAAAGGUCUUUAAGUACAGUUGUACGUGAGGCUUAAACCUUCAUUCUCUACAAUGAAGUUCAAUUAAAAAUGUGAUGGGCAAAACUCUGCAUGAAGUCCGACCUCAUCCCAUCAUUAAUUUUGCUUUGAAAUAUUUCAGCCUGUUCUUGACGGCUAUCGAAAUAAGUGUGAGUUCACAAUUGCUGAAGGCCCUGAUGGAGGUAGGUUAAGUGUGCGUUCAACAGCUCACGAACCUCCAGAAUGCUCAUGUAAAUAAAGAGCUAACUGUAUAAUGGGUGACAGGGCUGUUUUUCAAGUGAAGGAUUUGUUGAGGACUGAUGUCAAAACUGUAUGUACACACUGAUUUUGACUUUAUUUAUAUACCUGUAAAGAUUGAUGCCAUCUUUACAGCUUCAGUUGGUAAUAUCUCCUUCAGUUGUACAUGUACGAGAUCUUAAAUUAUUUUUUUGAAAUGCACCAAAGGCCUCAUUAGUAUUAUUCAUAUUCAGCAUUGCCCUUAAUUCGUAGUAUUUCUGUUUUUUUUUUUUAAAUAUGAUAUUAUUGGGAGAAAAGGAUGCCUUUUUGAGAGAAAUUUCAGAGAAGAUAAAUUUUUUGAUCAAAUAGCAUAAUUCCCAGCAAAGUGGAUCUCCCAACAGUUGAUCCAUCCUGCAAAAAGUAAUGCCAUUUGCAAGUUGACCCUUAUAUGCAAACUCCAUAAAACAAAAAAAUGUCUACUCCUGCGUGGUAUUUCCACAGGGAUUCCACACAAUAUUGCACAUAUUUGCACAGUUCUUUAGAAGGUGUACGUUUACAUCAAAACCACUGACUUUAAGCCAUUUUCUUUCUCUUUUUUUGCGGCAAGCAUGGGUGGUGCAUUGGUGAGAGCUCUCACCUCGCACCAAUAAGGGCGGGGUUCAGAUCCCGGUUUGUGGGUUGAGUUUGUUGUUGAUUUUCUCCCUUGCUCUAAGAGGUUUUUUCCCCGGUUACUUUAGUGUUCUCCUUAAAAACCAACACUUCCAAAUGCCGAUUUGAUCUGAAUGCACAGACACUUUUAAAGGAGUUUUUAAGAACUUCUAAGCACUCCAUGGGUAAACAAAUUACAAUUUUAUUUAUAAUUAUUUGUACAUUUUUUGAUAUUUUUUAAAUGUUUUUUCUCUUGUGUAGCUAAAACUGUUGGAUUCCGUCUUGGGUCAUAUAAAGGUAAGCCUAGCUCUUUUGAGUUAUUGUCUGUGCUGGGAACAGACUUUUUGUCAGUUUUGUUAAUUAAUACUCAAAAUGAUAAAUUCAAGACAAGACAGGAGAGUGAUUGUCUGUUAAGGGUGCUAAUUGGAACAUUUUGAAAACACAGCGGAGAGAUAUGGUAACAGAACUUGGCUCAAACUCAUUUUCAUCCUAAGCAAGCCCUAGGAUUUCAAAUGCCAUGGAUAACAAUUUUUUUCGCAGCUUAAGAUGUGCAGUCAGGACUUCUGAGAACACGAUCCAGUGAACAGGCUGGGCAAGGUGUGAACUCAGGUUCUCUGGGUCCCUGUAUCCCCUUAAGAAAAUACAAUGAAUACCUCCAUCAUUUCCAAAGGAAAGUCGCCCCAGGGUACAUGUAUUUAACCCUCAACCCAAAUUAAGUUGAUACAAGUACUGGAUUUAAUAUUAAUUUUAUAUUAAGGCAUGGUUUGAAUCCAGAAGUCUUGUCAUAAGUAGGGGGAGUUUGGUGGCUUGAGCGAGUAUAAUCCUGAAUUAUAAUAGGACUAUAGGUGUUUGUGACUGAGGUUUUUGCAAUCUGGGUUGGGUUGUUUAAAGGUGGGUUAAGAUAAUGCAGGGUUAGUGCGAAAUUUGAAAUCAGAUAUAAGAGCUUAAAAAACAAAUUCAGUUUAAUUCUCUUUGCCUACAAUUUGGUGAUUGGAUACUCUAAAAAAUAUAGAAAAUUAUCUGGGAGAGUGCUUUUCAUGAAAGGAAAAAGAUGCGUGGGUUAAAAUUUAACCCUGGGUUAGUGCUAACCGGCAUUCAAACAACUGAGCCCUGAUGAGUACUGCACAGGUUGUUAAGCCAUAAGGAGUCAGUCAUUGUCUUCAUGACUAAUAACUUUACCAGACAAUUGUUGUCCUCUCUAUUUUACCUUGUUCUUGCAGAGGGUUACAGUGGAGUAGUUGAGCCGUCUCAAUGUAUCCACAUUUCGGAAAAGGCCAAAGUCAUUGCUAAGGUAUGGAAUUUGUGAGAUUAAGAAGGCUUCAGUUUGUUCAAGACUAUUCCCCUCACUCCAAUGCAAUAGACAUUUAUAUGACAUGUAUAUCACAAGCAACAUAGGUUGCGUUCCAUUGCGAAAUCCGGAUUUAGAUUUUGAAAUUCGGAUUUCACCGCCAAGAAAGCUGUCCUCAGGGUGGAUUUCUUAAUUAUUAAGAAAUCCAAAUCCGGAUUUCAUGGAUUUUCCGAUUGGGAAAUCUGAAAAAGGAUUUGCAACACUAUUCUCGUGAACAGCAGUCUUCUUUUUGCUGAUUAUGCAUGCACAUGCAAGACCACUGUUCUUAGGGACAGUUUUUCAAUUCCCUUUUCGGAUUUCCCAAUCGCAUGGAAAAAAGGAAAUCCAAAAACAGAUAUUUCAGCAUUGAAAUCCACUUUUGGAUUUCGCAUUUGAUUGCAAAUCCGAAAUCCGGAUUUUCAAAUCUAAAUCCAGAGUUCCCAAUCGAAUACACCCAUAUUGGAAGUUAUGGCACCAAAUCUUGUAUAAGGUUUCUAUUCUCUCUUUUCUCUGUCACAUCAUCAGAAAUAAAAAUGCAAACCAUUCAAUACAGAAAGUCUAGAAUCUGGGAAUUGAAAGUCUUUAAUUGAAAUAAAAGGUAGAAGUUUUAAUUUGUGGCAUUAUGUUGAAAACUGAGAACCAUAAUGUUUUGUUGCAGGCAUUUGAGAAUUACAUCAGGCAGUCUCCGUUGCCUGUGUAUGAUCUCUGCUUUCACACAGGGUAAGUUAAUCUUAAUAGUAGUGUAGGACUUGUUUGAAUUGACUAGACAAAGUACACUUUGCUAGAUUGCUGAAUUGGUCAUACUGGUUUGAGUGUAUGAUCUCUACGUUGACAUUGGGCUGCUUGGUUGGUUUAAGUUAAUUAAGAGUCUUGAAAGCAGUAGUCUUCAUUUUAUUAUUUUUUUAAUUCCUGGCUAGUGUACUGUGUAAAGGUAACUUUGAAACAACUAUGGAAAGGGUCCCGACUGUGUUUUGCUUAUGAAAAUGGCUUGGCAGUGUGGCUGAGUGGUCCAAAUGAUAUUCUGGCAACAGAGAGGCCUUGAGUCCAAGCAAGCUGGAUUUGUUCUCAGAAGUCCUGAGUUCAUAUUCUCAGCUAUGCUUGUGUAUAGACAACUUCUUCGUCUCCAGCCAGUUAGAAUUCUUAUUGCUAGAGGGGUUUGUUCACUUCCCAAAGAUUGAUAUAAAUACUGCCCAAAGGAAUAUUAUUCUAGUCAAUAUUAAACAUAAAUAACUGCUGAGUAUGUACCUGAUAAUGAACAAUUAUUGAAUGAGGUUUUUGUGAUAUCUGGAAUAAUCAAGGUCGCAUGAGUUAUCAGCUGCGCUGAAGGUGGAGGCUGAUAACACUUACCGAGACCUUGGUAAUUUAGGAUAUCACAAAAACUGAAUCUAAUAAUUGCCUUAUUAUACAUUGUUUUGAAGAAAAUAACAACAAACACACUGUAGCAAGGAACCUGAAUUGAUAUUGUUACUGGAAAUCAUGCAUUGCGCAUGCAACCUACAGGUUACGCAGUUAUCUGCUAGCAGAUAACUGAGUAACCUGUAGGUUGUGCUGGUUUCCAAAAUUAGCUGUAGGCUCUUAGCCUAUUAGAAGACAGGUAGUGAGUACAAUGUGUAUAGAUCUCUUUUAUGUCCUCCCUGUGGUCGUUGCAUAGAGCCAAGCCCUGUUGUGUUGUGUCAUUAAUUCUGAAUGUGAAAUCCUAGUUCAGUUCUUGUUGCACUCUCUAGUAAUGGCACACUCUGUUACAUGUAAGAACCAAUCAUUAACUAGAGCCAUGGUUUGUUUAUGACUCCUCUAUUUUGUCCUUCAUACUUGCAGCUAUUGGCAGACCCUAACAGUUAGGACAUCUAUGUAUGGCCACACGAUGGCAGUUCUGCAGUUCAGUCAGCAGAAAAUGACCCAGGUAAAAUGUUUGAAUUUUCUUCUCAUUUUGUGCCUGUCAGAUUGCUAAUACAGCCGUCUCCAGCUCGGCAAGGAGCGAAGGAGGACAGCUGUAUUCACAGUCAGGCUACUUAUUUUGUUAGCCAAAAGUAAUAUAUUAUUGUAAAAUGCCUUGUGUACUUUAUUAGGCUGUACAUGUACUUGAGCAUGCCUUGUUUCAGGCCUUCAAUGUUGUUAUUAAAUUUUUAAUGAGGCAGCAUGGCCGAGUGGUUAGCAUGUUGGACUCGCAAUCCGGCAGUCCCGGGUUUGAGUCCCGCUCUGGCCACUUGCUGGAUUUAUUCUCGGUUGUCCCGAGUUCAAAUCCUCGGCCACGCUUGUAAAUAGCCAACUGGUUGCCUCCUGCCAUUUUGGGUUUUUAAUCCUGUUAUGUUGUAUUUAAAAUUAUUUUUUUGUAAGUAUUUGAGUGGAAUGCCUGUAAACUAGCUGGAUAAGCUAAGUGCACUUUCCACUAUAAACAAGCCUUUAAGCCUUUUUAUUUAUAUUAUUCUUUUUCAGGAAGAAAUUGAAGCGGAGAAAAACCGUAUCUGUGAGUAUUUCAAGACUGGGGAAGGCAAAGAAGUUCAGCUCACAUCCCUUUAUCUUCAAAUAAACCCUACAAGGUUUGUGUUGCUUAAAUUAUGAAUCAUUAUUAUUUGAGGAUAGCUUAAAACAACUGCAUGUCAGUCAAUUAGUGGCUCCCAGUUAUGUGUUUGUGAUUGUUAUCCUAUAGUAUUAUUCCAGUGUUGUCACCAGGAUUUUGCCUUGGGGAGUCCCAGGACCCCCUUUGUUGAGAAAUAAGGGCACUGUAAGAACAUUAGGGGGACAAAGUUACUCGCGACGUACAAUUGGUGUGGAAAAAUUCUUUGUGAUUCUUCGUGAUCUGUUCGUGAAUUACUUACGAGAUCCAAUAUGGCAGAUAGGGUGUUUACGAUUCGAUAACGGUGCAUGCACUAAUCGUCACAAUGUAUGAGAGACCAACAAAAGUAAGGAAAUAAAAUUGAAGACUCUGAAUCUUUUGAUAUCAUGUUUUUUUAUUCAUACAACCAAGCAAAAUGCUGGGAUGUUAGGUUGACCAUUAAAACUACAUGUACAUAACUGUAGACGUUCUAAAGUCCGUUUGACUUGUAGCAUGCCCCUUCGCCCUAAUAAGCACAUCCCCUUGGUUUUUUAUGCGCCAUCUCAGAUUUUCUUGCGGGAAUUCCACAAGCCCGCGGCCUGGUGAGAACACUGAUUAUUACCUACAUAACUUGUUGAUUUUAUUAGUGCUGGUGUGAUUUCCUUUGCAGGGCUGUUGGUGGUAAUGCAGAAGCUCCUUUUGUACACAUCAUGGGUGAAGAGGUGGGUUCAGCCAUAUUCCUUACUGGACCUUUAAAGCAGAAUGUAGGGCUAAGGCUUUUGAAGGAAAGGCACGCUUGAAGCAAACAUUUUAAAUCCUCUCUGAGAUGACAUGAAGAUACUCCUCUUUGCUAAGAACUUGAAGCUAUACAUGUUUGUCCCUGAGAGACCCUGGUCAAAAAACUUUCAGUAAUAUGCAAUGUAAUUAGGCCUGGGUUAUUAUAAACGAUGUUUUUAUGUGAUUCGUUAAAGGAAAUUUUUUUGACAAAUGUACCUCCCUCAAUAUUUUUUUUUUUUUAGCACAUUUAUGAAGAGCUUUGUGGACUGAAGUUCAGAAUCUCUGCAGAUUCGUUCUUUCAAGGUAAGCCUGUUAAAAUGAUUUGUAUUGAAAGUUGAAAUUCCAGUAAGGAUAAAAUAUUGUUUGCUUCUCCCUUUAGUAAUGUCACUAUCAUCACCGAUUAAUUUUUUAUUUAUUUUGCCUGUUGAAAUUGUUCACUGUGCGAAAAUUGAACAAACACAAAGAAAAUGCAACAAAUGGCAAAACAAUUUGAGCUGGGUUGUUGUUGUUUUGGAUUUAAUUAUGAUCGUUUGGUUUUCUCUUAGUUAACACAAAGGCAACUGAAAAGCUGUUUGACUUGUUGAAAGAAUGGUGUGGGGACAACCUGGAUGAGACAGUGGUACUUGGUAGGAAAGAACAAUUUUAUUCAGUAGAGGGGCGUGUUAUACGCAAAUUAACGCCCCCCUCUCCAAUUCUAUUUCUGCCCCUAACUCUUCUUUCUAGGCUCUGUGUUUGACUUGAUCAACAUUGAGUUUUAGCUCAGAUUGAUUUAACUUUCCAAGAGACUCAGCUGAAAUUUUUCCUUUGCAUUUUCUGUGUAACAUAACGCACUCAAAAGGAAAGAGAACUCAAACGAGUAUCGCGUAUGAUGGACUGAACUGCUUUAUGACGAAACGACAGAACCGGAACAUCUUCAAGUAUGGCCAGGCAGUACUUCAACGGGGGUACAUGUUGUGCUCCAUGGCAAGAGUAGUGUCCCCACCCUCCCCUGGCUUUGGCGCGGCCUCUGUUCUGUUUUGUUCUUAAAAUGUUUAAACUGACUAUGGAAUAGCGAAAUCUAACUUUAACUGGUUUUCUUUAAAAACACUAUGUUGUAUCCAACACAAAAGUGACACUUAACAGUCGUGUGACUGUGGAACGAUUUGAUUUUUUAUUCUAUAUUUCCUUUUUCCAAGACAUUUGCUGUGGCACUGGUGCACUUGGACUUUGCUUAGCUCAGGUACUCGUUUGUUACAUCAUUUACAGCAAAUUAUCCAACAGCAGGACACUAGGGCAUUUUUCUCUCGUUUCAGUUUUUGUAUGUGGCAAAUAUAUUCCACCUUGCUCUGCGUGUUGGUUCAGUUAUGUGCUACAUCAAAACCGUUCAUUUAUCACCACAUUAACAUAAUCUACACGUAUGCUCUAUUCACUGCAUGUAUAGCCCUUUGACUCUUUCACUGCCAGAGUGUUUGAUGGAGUUUUGUAAGGUGACUAUAUCUUUUGAGUCUGUGGACGAAAUCCUAUGAUGUGACCAUUUAAAUGAAACCUCUCUGCCUGUACUUUAACAUGGUGCUAUUUGUUUGUCAAAAUUUUAAAAAAAGAAAUUUUGGAAAGUUGGUCAAAAUUUGCCUUUGGCCACAUUUGGGAAAUUUCUUUGUUCUUUUAUCAAUUUUUUUCAGGAAAUGUAUGGAGAUCCAUCUGUAUGAAGUAUGUAGAGAUUGGGGCUUAAUUAAAGGGGUGACUUAACAGACACGUCAAAACCGAUUGUUGAAUUUAUGAUUUUAUCUUUCAGAGUGUUAAACGUGUGAUUGGCGUUGAAAUCAUCGAAAACGCUGUUAAGGAUGCCAAGGCAAACGCAGAACUCAAUGGUGAGUGACAGUCUCUUGCAGUUUUCCGUGACUCCAAAACCCACCUUAUGUAGACUGAUUAAUUCUGUCAUCCAGUUGUGUAAGUGUGUUCUCAGCGUGCAAAAAAAGAAGUGUGGCCGAUAGCCCGGGGCUAGUGGAUUUUGCUAUCGGGCGGGGUUAGUGAAUUCUGUUUUUAACUUGCCCGACGGGCAAGUGAUGUUUUUUGAGAAAAUCGAAUACGAGAAGAACUGUGAAAUCAAUUCUGCUCAUCAAAACGAUUUUGGGGCUAGUUGAAAUGACGUCUGGGCUAGUAAUUGCUAGCUUCAGCUUGCCCAAAUGGCAAGCUGUAAAAAUGAUUUUCUUUGCGCCCUGGUUCUGUCGAUACAUUGUUGAGGGUAACCUACGAUGGACUAACAUCUCAUUAAACGGGGAACUUGUGAGGGAGAGGGGUGGGGGGAGCGGGGGGUAGCAAAGGGGGUUAGUGACAGCCUAGUAGCCUGACCCUCUCACCGUUUUUCCCUUUCCACGCCUGCCACCUGGGCCAUACUUGUACUAUCUUGAACAAAAUACAUGUAGAUGAAAAAUAUAUCUCUCCUCUCCUCUCCUCCAAAUGAAGGAACGGGGUCUUCCAUUCCGUUUCAUUCUGGGCCUAUUUGUACUGAAACCGGGAUUAACUUUGGCCCAGUGGGCGUCAUUGCUGGUGUGUGCCUUUACAUGCAUUGUGCGCCAAAUAUGCCAUGAAUUUGUUUUUUUUUUGUUGUUUUAGUAAGAAUGCCACUGAAUAAUUUACCUGUACUGUAUUUACUAUAGGCGUCACAAAUGCUCAGUUUGUUUGUGGUAAGGCAGAGGACAUUAUCGUUGACGUGUUCAAAAACAUGCCACGUAAGACAAAAAUCAUUGGCAUCAUGGACCCACCUCGUGCUGGACUGCGUAAGUAGAAUUAAGCAACAAUAAUGAAUAAAGAAUAAAGCAGACUCAAAGAUUUGAUUUGUGGGUGGCCUCCCGAAAUGAUAUUUUGUUGAGGGGCGUUUCGUACCGACCCAAAGAAGAGGUAACCAUCUAGACAACGAUUGUCUAGUCAAAAGAUGAAAGUUUAGAAUCACUUAGCACAGUGUGGUAAAAAGGAAUGGCCUUACCUGUAAGUUAAUUCAUAGACUCGAAAGCAGAAACCACAGUUCCACAGGAAACUAGUUGUCACUGAUUUUCAUUUCAUCUUUACACAUAAUUUAGACACCGACCAAACUACGCCUAACGAAAGUCUGGUACUGGACAAAAAAAGCUUCAACCAAUAAAUAAUUUCGGGUCACCCAUCCGAAUAUUGUAUUAUAUGGGUGGCCUAAAUUCGUGUGAGUUUAAAAACAAAAAUUGACUUCACUUGACGUAUGUGGCUUACCACCGAAAUUGCGUCCAGGCUCCCUCCUCUUGUAUGAAGAAUAGAAACUGGAGAGGCCGUAGUAACGAGGUUGGCUGGUACUUGUGUUUGUUAAUGUUGUGUAUUUUGUCUCACAGACCAGUCAGUUCUUGCAGCUGUCAGGAAGAGCCGUCGAAUGGAUAAACUGAUCUACGUGUCUUGCAACCCAAGUGCAGCUUUCGUUAACUUUCUUGAGUAAGAAAUCUGUAUUUUAUGCUAAAGAAUAUUAAAGUAUGGUUAUCUUAGUCGUGGAAGUCAUCACCGUUCUUCGAUGUUUCCCUCCCUAUUUGUCAUGCUUUACGCGACGUCUCCCCUGUUCAUAACCACUGCCCAGAGACUGAAGCUCGUCCCCAACUCUCCCUCCCAAGAUAACGAACCUUAUUGUCGGCUAUUACUGCUGUGAAGGUUUUGUUUGUUUGUUUCUUUAUUGUAUUAAUGUUAUUAUUUCAUAAGAGGAAGGAAUAUACAGUCGAACCUCUUGUUAGCGACUACCGGGCUGAAAAGUUAAGAUUUUGGAGGAAGCUUUCGGGAUUUCCUCGCUGCUGUGACUGGGGAAAUGUUUUGUUGGUACUGAACUGAACUGUAUAGUGGUUGGUUGCUUAAGUGAGGUGGUCGCAUGUCGAGGCAAAUAAACUGAAUCGUUCUUAGUCAUUGAACUGCACAGAUCGUUUUUAGGCAGGUCUAAUGUGUACCUCUUCUUUCAGUUUGUGCAGACCAACAUCGAAGAGAAUCAAAACAGCACCAUUCAGGCUGGUGAAAGCCGUCCCAGUAGAUCUGUUCCCGCACACCAAACACUGUGAACUGCUGCUGUUGUUUGAGAGGGACAUGACGUCAGUUGACGCCGCCAAGUUUUACAAGUGGUACUACUAACUGACAGGCUUUAUGUUAUCAACACGCAUCUUCUCAUAACCAUUGCUGAUGCAUUUGUUUUGGUCUUGAUAAGGGGGAUCUUUUUACAACUCAUAGCAUCCUUGGUGAUAAGUUUCUGAUAUGUUUCAUAUAUAACCAUUAUAUAUAUGUUUUUGAGCAGUGAUUUUACAAGGUCAAAUUAGAUUUUCAGCACAAUUAGGAUUUGAAAAUUUUACAAAUUUUUUUAAGUCUGAUGACUAGCUUGUUCGCAGGCUCUUUCUCUCAAAGACGAGAGAAUCUAGUGGCGCCGGGAUUUUUAACCUCUCCGUCAUCAGUAUUAACUAAUGUUUGACUUGUUAAACUGUAAUAGGUGUGUUUUAUUAAGCUUAGGUAAAUUGUUUGAGGUUGUUCAGUAAUGUUUCAUUUCGCUAUUGGGUGUUUUUUUUUUUGUGUGCACCUAAGUUAUAUAAUCCUUUCGUGGAAGUUAGAUUAAAAAGUUGGUUAAAAGCAAUAGUUGUUUUAAACAUGUGUAAUUUGAUAUGUUGCAUCGACGAUAUGUUACAAAACAAGCGACAACUGAAUACCGACUUUUCACUUUUUAGGACCCUAGACUUAAUCCAGUAGCUUCUGAAUUUACUACCAGUAUACUCCACUUUGCAAGGGGACUCGCUUUCCUUAUGACUUGCUAAUACAAUCGUUUGAACCUCCAUAGUAUAUGUUAUACUUCAAUAUUUCCUUUGAUUCAGCUUUGAUGUUGUUUUUUUUUUAUUCUUUUUACAUCAUCUCUAUGUUCUACAAAACCGUGCCACAGAAUAAUUGUUUUUGCAAACGAAGGUGAACCGAAUUGGCUGCUCGGUUUAGCAGACGUUCGUGGUGAAGGAACACGUAACGUAACCCUAAGAACAUCUUAGUGGCACCGAGCUAAGUGCAAUUUGAAGCAGGAGAAAAUAGAACCAUAUUAUAACGUGUAAUAUCAAACCGGAAAAUACUUUAAUGAUGCACAACUUCUACCCUAUAAAUCACGGCGUUUAGGAUAAUGUUCGUAUCGUAGCAGUUGUACUUAAAAAGAAGGACUCGCACUGACCCACCCAUAUUUCUCUGUUUCUCUCCAGGUAAAAUGAAAGCUCCAAACCAAGGCAUUCUUAACCGGGUGAAGUUGAUUUUUUAUCUAGGUGAUUUUCGGGCUAGCACAUACCUGGAGAAUUUCGUGAUCAAAAUUUUAUUCGUUAAAAAUUUUUUUCAAGUAUUAAUCUUUUCAGCAUUGCUCUCACUGAUGGUGUGCUCGCAAGUAAAAAUAUUCUUUAAGUGUUUCUCGCGAAUGUGAUCUAGCAAUCAAGACAUAACGGCAUUCUAAGCGCAGUUUAGUAACACGAAUGUCUGUGAAAUGGUGUGUACCCCUAGAGUACAGUUGAUUUAACUUCGCCCUUAGUUGUAAACACCACAUAGUAGCUCUUCUUCAAGUCAUUUGCGUAUCUAUUGUUACAUGUACGUGGCUGUGAUUACCGCCAUUAUUGUUGACGUUUCUCUUGUUUUCGAGAGGAGCAUUCCUCUCUACGAUAGUUUUAACAACACAAAGAAGUUUUACCUUCCGAUUUAACCGUAUUUAUAUUUGUUAGCACUCGC